ACACAAAACGAUAACCCUUUAUGUAUGAGGUGGCGAUAAACCUCCUCUUCUCUGUUCAUUCUGAUCCUCUCAUCCUUCUGCUUUAACAAACCCACAAGCCAUCGUCCCUGAAGAAAGAAAGCAUGCUUUCACUGAAACCCUGCAAGAAUCAUUUCUUAAGAUCCCCAUUUCUAUUCCAUGCUUCAAAGCUUCAAAGACAAGCACAGACAGUACUUCAUCAUCAAGGAAGAAAGGUUAUUGCAAGGAAGGUUACUGUGAUAGGGUGUCAAGGGGAAGUGAAUAAGAAGGAAAGGAGGAGUUUCUUGAGCCUAGAAGAAGCUGGUUUGGUUGAAAUUUCCGGUCUGGAAACUCACGAACGAUUCCUAUGUCGAUUAACGAUCUCAUCACUAAAUCUACUUAGAGUGAUAUCAGAGCAAGAAGGCUUGCCAAUUGAGGAACUUAAUGCUGGGAGGAUCUGUGAUUGGUUUCUCAAGGACAAGCUCAAAAGAGAGCAGAAUUUGGAUUCUGCAGUUCUUCAAUGGGAUGAGUCUGAUUUUCAAAUCUAAGGUUGUUGUUGCCUGUUAUAAGUUGAUUAUGCAAUAUAAGUAGCCCUAUCUUUAUUAGUUUUGGUGUGUAUUUAGCUGCUUCUACUCAUCCAGGGAUUAAUGACCAUGUCUACUUCUAACCCA